AUGGCUAAAUUUGAUAUGACAGAUCUAGGUAUGAUACACUAUUUUCUUGGUAUUGAAAUAGUGCAAUCUGCAAUCGGGAUUCUCAUUACUCAAAAGAAGAAUACUUUGGAGAUGCUGGACAGAUUUCAAAUGAUGAAUUGCAAUCAAGUUGGCAUCCCAACUGAACCAGGAUUGAAGCUAACUAAGGAUCUUGAAGGAAAGAAGGUUGAUAACACCUUAUUUAAGCAAAUUGUUGGAAGUUUGAUGUACUUAACAGAAGCCAGGCCAAACAUUAUGUAUUCUGUUAGUCUCAUUAGUAGAUAUAUGGAAUGUCCAGCAGAGUAUCAUCUUCUUGUUACAAAAAGGGUGUUACGUUACUUGAAAGGCACAUUUGAUUUUGGAGUUUUUUAUAAGAAAAAAGUAGCUUUAGAUCUCAUUGGUUUCUGUGAAAGUGAUUAUGCAAGUGAUUUAGAUGGGAGAAGAAGCACUUCUAGCUAUGCUUUUAUGAUGAGUUCGGGAGUUGUAUCAUGGUCAUCAAAGAAACAGCAAGUUGUUACCUUGUCUACAACUAAAGCAGAGUUUGUUGCAGCAGCUUCUAGUGCAUGUCAAGCUGUUUGGUUGAAAAAAAUCAUUGAUAUGUUACACAAGAAAUAG